UACUAGUAACUUUAUCGAGUGUUUUACGUUGUGGAGUGAACACGUUGCGUGAAACAUUCCUUUUUUACAGUGUGGUUAGAAUCAACUAUUGUAAUAUUUAUUAGAAAUCACGAUGGCACAAUACGAUUUAACGUCUCGAAUAGGACAAUAUUUGGAUCGUCAUUUGGUUUUUCCACUUCUUGAAUUUUUAUCUGCUAAACAAAUUUAUGACGAAGAUGAAUUACUUCAAGCAAAAUUGGAUAUUCUUAGUAAAACUAAUAUGAUAGAUUAUACAAUUGAUAUUCGAAAACAAUUGUAUCCUAAUUUGGAAGUUCCAGAGGAAUUAAAAGCAAGACGUGCAGGUGUUUUACAAGAACUUAGUAUAUUGCAAAACAAUGUUUCCGUUGUUGUAGCUCUAAUGAAUAAUGAAGAAGUAAUGAAGAAAAUGGAAAACAUGAGAGAUUCGAAGGCUUUGAGUAAUUAUCUUACACAAGAAUCUGAUUUUAGGGUAGAAAUGAUGGACAAUUUUGUAAAACUCGCACAUUAUCGUUAUGAAUGUGGUAAUUAUUCUGUUUCCACUUCAUAUCUCUAUUUUUACAUGCUCAUAAUGCCACCAACUGACAAGAAUUAUUUAAAUGUAUUAUGGGGCAAGUUAGCUUCAGAGAUUCUUGUACAAAACUGGGAAACUGCGCUUGAAGAUGUAAAUAAACUAAGAGAAUAUAUUGAUAGUAAUAUUAUUGGAAAUUCUGUACAAGUUUUACAAUUACGUACAUGGCUUAUUCAUUGGAGCUUGUUUGUUUUCUUUAAUCAUGUUAAGGGAAGAGAUUUGAUUAUUGAAAUGUUUCUUUAUCGACCUCAUUAUCUAAAUGCUAUACAAACAAUGUGUCCACAUAUAUUACGUUACUUAGCUGCAGCGGUGAUUGUCAAUCGUUCUCGACGUUCUAUAUUGAAAGAUCUUGUAAAAGUGAUACAACAGGAAUCUUAUACAUACCGGGAUCCUAUUACUGAAUUUUUGGAACACUUAUAUGUUAAUUUUGAUUUUGACGGAGCAAGACAGAAAUUGCGACAAUGUCAAACCGUUGUAUUCAAUGAUUUCUUCCUCAUUGCAUUGUUGAAUGAAUUUGUAGAAAAUGCUAGAUUAAUGAUCUUUGAAACUUUCUGCAGAAUUCAUCAAUGUAUUAGUAUUGGAAUGCUUGCGGAAAAAUUGAAUAUGAAGGCAGAUGUAGCAGAAUGUUGGAUAGUUAAUUUAAUUCGUAAUGCUCGAUUAGAUGCAAAAAUAGACAGUAAAUUAGGACACGUUGUAAUGGGUGGACAGCCAGCAUCUCCAUACCAACAACUGGUUGAAAAAAUUGAAACCUUAAGUGUACGGAGUGAAGCUUUAGAAAAUCUAAUCGAACGGAAAGUAAAAGCGAAGAAUCAGGAUCCAGUAAGUAUAAUGUGGAACUAAUAGAGUAUCAUCGUUCUUGGAAUAUGGAUGUGUGACGUCUAAACAUUUUAUACAAAACUGUAUGACAAAAUAUAUGAAUAUGAAGAAGAUUCACAGCAUUAUAACUUAUCUCGAGCAUAUAAACUUAUUAGAGAAUACGCUGUAUUACUGCUUGAUGCAUAACUUCAUACAUCAUUGUAUAAAAAUCUAUCAAAUUUACUAUAUAAAAAAA